GCCACAAGUCAAUACCGGAGUAAAAGGCUUUCUGAUUGGAUGAGACAAUUUGGUCGAGUUACAACUUCUGUGAAAGGCCAUACGUCUGUAGCACUCGCCGCUCGCGCCGUCUCUCGUGCCUCCCCCUGGUAACACCGCUCUACGAGACUUGUAUAGUACACGGAUGCUGACGUGACUCGGUGUGAAGCUCUAUAGACCUGCCCUGGCGACGUAUAUGAUCAAUACCUAGGGCUUGACAUCACGAACGGGACGCAUCACUGCUAGACCAGAUUGAAGCAAACUCAGAAGCAAGACAGUCUAUUUUACACGAAGCGAUCAGUAGCAUUACCGGACAAGUCACUAACCAGCGCAGACCCCGGGACACUUAACCAUGAUAACGGUCACCCAGAGUUUAUGUCUCGUCGUGGUGUGUGUAGCCGUGGCCGAGGCCUUGCCUGCUAAGAGAGAGACACGGGCGGGACCCCCUGCCUUCUCACGGAGGAGACGGGUAGAGGAAGAUUACGAGCUUUUCUGGACACUUCCUCGGCUUAUGGCGCUGAAGAAAAGGUUCCAGAUGUUCCUCGAUCCCAAUGAUGACUGCAAAGCAACAUUCGAUGAAGCCAAGUCGUUUUUACAGAAGUACAGUCCCGACGUCAGCGAAGCCAAAAUCAGAAAGUUUAUGGAGAGAAGAGACACAAACGGUGACGGCGUACUGGAGUUCGUCCCCGAAUACAUCGUCCACAUGUCCCUGCCAGAUUACACGAUAGAGGGCGCCACCGAGUGGUUCGACCUGGAAGACUCUAACCACGACGGAGUUGUCUCCCGUGCUGAACUCUUAAGGAUUGCGCAGAACGUGGGUCUGGGCGAAGAAGAAGCGGCGCAGACUGUGGAUGGGUACUACAUGGACGCUGACAUGAAUGGAGAUAAUGUCCUUGAUUGGGAGGAGUAUAAGAAGCUGUACAACCUGUAAUAGGCUGAGGGUUUUGAAUGGAUUCAAUCCUGAAGAGCCCGGGAAUGGCCCCAAAUAGAUUCAACACAUCAACUUUAUACUUUCCGAAAUAAUCUGAUUAUGUGGCGUUGUUUGUCAGUCUGGUACCAUUGUGUAUUUGUCUACCAUCAGUCGACGUCCGCGUGACUGUCACGUUAUUUAUAUAUAGGUUCACGUUUAGUUCACUUUUUCUUACAAGAAAACAAAAUCAGAGUUUCCGAUGUUCAUUCAUGUUUUUACAUUGUCAUUGAUUAUACUUUAUAUCGUUACUUAUAUAUAAAUAUAUACAUAAUAAUCCUC